CGCCCACCCGGGUCGACCCCAAAAGCGCGCGCGCGCGUGCGGGUGGGCGGGAAGGGGCGGGGCGGAGACGCGCGCCCCGAGGAGGGCUAACCCAGACCCAGGCGGAGCGUGGGGGUCGCGCCUGGGAAGAGCCGGACUUUGGGAGGAGCCGCUUUCUGCCCCUCUUCCUGCUUCGCCCCAAAGAAAAACACUAACUCCCUCCAGACCCAAAUGUCACUCUCCUUGACACUGUUCCUCUGAGAGAAAGGGCGACCACCAGGGCUGGUCUCAGCAACGGCCCCAUCCUCUCCGUUUCCUGGCCCAGGUCGGUAGUCAGGGUAACCCUUCCCCAGCCUGGAACCCUCCCUCUUUGUGGUUAUGGAGCCCCAAACCUCUCCUGUCCCUGCACCAGGGGGAGGUUGCUAAGGUAACUUAAGUCCCUCGUGGUCCUUCUGCCCCAACCUUCAUCUGGUUACUAUGGCAACCUCACCUAGCACUCAAGUAGAAAGGACCCCAGCCCCAAGGACACUGAUUGCUGAGAGAACACCUCUUUCCCAACCCCUCCUCCUAGCCACCCAGCUGGCAUUACCAUGGUAACCAUCCCCCCCCCUUUCUCAUCGUGGGAGGUCCAUGGACCAAGCCAACCAGGUGUUUUUAUUUAGAGAAGAUGCUCUGCUGAGGAGCCGUUGCUAUGGUUACAGGGCCUGGACCAGGAGGUAGAAACAGGCAAGGCCAACCCCUGGUUGCUAUGGUAACCAGGGACAUACAAGGAUAGUCCCCUUUCCUGGCUCCCUAAAAACCAGGCCCACCAAGAUAGGGGACAAUUUUAAGAUUGUGUCUCAGGAUGGUGUGGGUGUAGGGAAGGGGUUUUUACAGUAAUGGCUUUGGUCACUUCUAACCCCACCUUUCUGGGCACAUAUAUAAGAAGGGAUGGUUAUAGGCUGCUGGGAUAACUGACAUCCUUCCCACCCAUUCCUGAGAUACCCCAGGUGGGGCCCGAGCUCAUGGAACUUCAAAGAGAAAGGAUUCUCUGACCUUCUCAUUGCCACUUUUGCAGGCAAGGUGAAAUUGUACUCUGCUAUGCAAAAUUGGCUGAUUUGGGGUUUUCUGGUUCUCGUUCCCUCAGCAGUGCAGCUGAGCUGGGCUGGAGCCGCCCACCCGGAGCUCUCGCAGCAACCUAGGAGGAUGCCCCGGAAGCCCAGCUAGGACCCGACUUUGGCCCCAUGCGUCUCACCCGCUGCCAGGCUGCCCUGGCAGCCGCCAUCACCCUCAACCUCCUGGUCCUCUUCUAUGUCUCAUGGCUGCAGCACCAGCCCAGGAACUCCCGGGCCCGGAGUCCCCGCCGUGGAGCGGCUGCCGGCCCCCGUGUCACCGUCCUGGUGCGGGAGUUCGAGGCCUUUGACAACGCGGUGCCUGAGCUGGUGGACUCCUUCUUGCAACAAGACGCCGCCCAGCCCGUGGUGGUGGCCGCGGACACACUCCCCUACCCGCCCCUGGCCCUUCCCCGGGUUCCCAAUGUUCGCCUGGCGCUGCUCCAGCCGGCCCUGGACCGGCCUGCUGCGGCCUCGCGCCCCGAGACCUACGUGACCACCGAGUUCGUGGCCCUAGUGCCUGACGGGGCGAGGGCAGAGGCUCCGGGCCAACUGGAGCGCAUGGUGGAGGUGCUCCGGGCAGGAGGGGCACGCCUGGUGGCCGCCCCUGUCGCCUCAGCCAACCCUGCCCGGUGCCUGGCCCUGAACGUCAGCCUGCGGGAGUGGACUGCCCGCUACGGCCCCGCGCCCUCCGCGCCCCGCUGUGACGCCCUGGACGGAGACGCGGUGGUGCUCCUGCGCGCCCGCGACCUCUUCAACCUGUCGGCUCCCCUGGCCCGGCCGCUGGGCACCGGACUCUUCCUGCAGACCGCCUUGCGGGGCUGGGCAGUGCAGCUACUGGACCUGCCCUUCAGCGCCGCACGCCAGCCACCAUUGGCCACAGCCCACGCGCGCUGGAAGGCAGAGCGCGAGGGGCGUGCGCGGCGGGCAGCACUGCUGCACUCGCUGGGCAUCCGCCUGGUAAGCGGGGAGGGCGGGCGCCUCGAGUGGUUCGGUUGCAGCAAGGAGACCCCGCGCUGCUUCGGGACGGUGGUGGGCGACACACCGGCCUACCUCUACGAGGAGCGCUGGACGCCCCCGUGCUGCCUGCGCGCUCUGCGGGAGACCGCCCGCUAUGUGGUGGGCGUGCUGGAGGCGGCCGGUGUUCGCUACUGGCUGGAGGGCGGCUCGCUGCUCGGGGCCGCCCGCCACGGGGACAUCAUCCCGUGGGACUACGAUGUGGACCUGGGCAUCUACCUGGAGGACGUGGGCAACUGCGAGCAGCUGCGGGGGGCUGAGGCGGGCUCGGUGGUGGACGAGCGCGGCUUCGUGUGGGAGAAGGCCGUAGAGGGCGACUUCUUCCGCGUGCAGUACAGCGAGAGCAACCAUCUGCACGUGGACCUGUGGCCCUUCUAUCCCCGCAAUGGAGUCAUGACCAAGGACACAUGGCUGGAUCACCGGCAAGAUGUCGAGUUCCCCGAACACUUCCUGCAGCCUCUCGUGCCCCUGUCCUUUGCUGGCUUUGUGGCGCAAGCACCUAACAACUACCGUCGCUUCCUGGAGCUCAAGUUCGGCCCCGGGGUCAUCGAGAACCCAGAGUACCCCAACCCGUCCCUCCUGCGUUUGGCAGGAAGUGGCUGAAGUUCCUGCGCCCGCCCCAGGGGUCUGGAGAACACUCAGGCCAGGGAGUGGGGGGUGUGGGGGGACCUGGCUUUGGCUAUGGUGCUGCUGGCAUUUGGUGGUCGGGUUGUGGAUGCGGAGCUGCGGGGCAAGGCCCAGCACCGUCCUGCACUUGGAAGACAUGCCCCAACCAAGA